GCACGACACAAUCACAUAGGCUACAAACAGUCCUGAAUUACUUUAACAAAUAUUGAUUUUCUUCUGGCUGUGUUCACAUAGCCUAUAUAAAACAAAACUUUCUUAUUCAAACGUGGAACACACCAAAACAUAUGUGUAUAGAGUUGCAAAUGAUUUUGAGAUGUUAACAUCAUGUGGAACCGUGACUUUAGCUACGCUGUUGCUUGGUUUUAUUCAGUCUAUGGUUUUACUACGAGAUAUACCAUCGACCCAUUUUGCUUGCCGUAAGAUGCUCAACUAGAUCGAUUUUAUGAAUUAUUUAUUAAUUAUUAUUAUUAUUGAAGGAUUGUUUUCGUGGCUAGUAGUAUGGAUUCACCUCAACGCUUGGGUCCAGGGGUAACCUCCUAGCUAUAACAUUGGACUCUGUAAGACCAUGUUAAAAUACCAGUUUGUAUACUCAGAUAGGCGUGCAUGUAUCUUGUUAAGUGUGGUUGCAUUACAAUUCCUGGUAUAUGAUAUUAUCUUGCCGGCGUAUAUUAUUAUUGGUUCAAAUGUUAUUUUAAUUUUCUCUACUUGGACCUAGCUCGCAACUGAGACAAGGAGACAAGCACCCUGCUGCUGCUAGUCAGUUGUAGACUACGUAUUUGGCAUUCAUCUCAGUAACCAAUCAAAAUCCAUGUGCCGGGACUUUCAACCAAUCUGCUGUGUGGUAGAUUUUUAAAUAACCAGGAAGUAAGAUAAUCUGUGGAGUGUGUGGAGCACCAGAAAGAACAACGUUAUUAAGGCAGGGUGAAUAUUUGAGAAAUUUUAAGAACAGCGGACAAAUUAUAAAUUCAGAGUAACGUAAAACCCCAAGUUAGGUGAUUUAAGUAGGUUAUUUCUAGAAACCAGGCAACAUUUAACACACCAGAAUGGCGAGAGGGAAGAAAAAACAACUCGCAGUCAGUAAACCUGAAGACACCCGUAAAGUCGUGAAAGGAACCAAAGAAAACAAACCAGAAACCAAUGAGACUCCUGUGUGUCACGGUCAAACUACUAUGCACAGUUUCCUCAGCCCAAAAAAGACGCGGUCUCCUCUCCGCCAGAGUCCUCUCACCUUGCUACAUGAAGAGAAUUCCACUUCAGCCUCUAUUGCUCCAAAGGACGGCGUUAAACAGGGAGAAGCGAGACAGAAUCUGAGCCAUCCCAACACUACAGUCACACUAGAGGCAACAAGCUUUCCCGUUGCAGAUGAAGACAAAUCACCUGAUGCACCAUCUCUGCCCACACAAAAGAACAAGAGCAACAUCACUAGGACUAACAUGAAAAAACCAGAGAGAAGUGAUUCCCAGCGGAACACAAAGGUCACAGACUAUUACCCCAUCAGGAGGAGUUCCAGGAAGAGCAAGACUGAGCUAAAGAGUGAAGAACAGCAGCACAUAGAAGAACUGAUAAAGAACAAUGUGGAGGAAGGACUGGAGGUCAGGCACCUGGAAGGAAAGGGGCGAGGUGUGUUUGCCUGCAAAGAUUUUCGAAAGGGUCAGUUUGUGGUUGAGUAUCAUGGAGACCUUGUGGAGAUGGUGGAGGCCAAGAGGAGAGAGGUGAUGUACGCACAGGACCCCACCACUGGGUGCUAUAUGUACUACUUCCAGUUCCUCAGCAAAACCUAUUGUGUUGAUGCUACGAUGGAGACUGACCGUCUAGGUCGCCUGAUUAACCACAGCAAGAGUGGCAACUGCCAAACCAAACUCCACAGCAUCGGAGGCACCCCACAUCUCAUCCUGGUGGCAUCGCGGGACAUCCGGUCAGGAGAGGAGCUGCUGUAUGAUUACGGGGACCGCAGUCGAGAGGCAAUUGCAGCCCACCCCUGGCUCAAGCAGUGACCCUGCCCUUAACCUAAACAUUGCCUCAAUCCUCUGGGUGCAUCAACAUCUUCUCCAAGGAGGCAAUUAAGAACUGGCUUGCCUUUUCCUGAUCUUUCACCCAAACAAGGUGGCUUCCUCACUGGUAGGUUCCUAAACAAGACCCAAUCCGUUCAGGAGGAAGAGAAGUUGAAAGGACAAACGACACUGGUGAAUAGUAGCAGUGAAUGUCAAAUUCACACUUUAUCUUAAGCCCUUGUUUGGAGGCAAAAAGGUAUGAUUUUAUAGUUUUAUAAUUUGUCAGUGAUGAUUGAAUUGUACAGUGGGUUGGUUGCACACUGUUCCUUCUGGAUGGGGAGAACUUACAUGGGCAGUGGAUGGCUUUACAGGUAACCUAGUCACCACACGCCAUAUAGUAGUUCUAAAGAACUAACUGACUACUACUAGGUCAAUUGAAAACAUGACUCCUUAUGCUCAUUCUUUUUUUUUUUUUUUUUUUUUUAAAGUGUCUGUGUGUGGGCUGUGUUCAAUUGUACAUACUGGCUUUUUUUUAAUCUAAAGACUUUUAUAUGAAAAAAGUGAUAUUUUGUAGUGUAUGAGCAGAGUUGCAGCAAGAGAAUCUUUGAAUCUUUUUUCCUCCCCUCCAGCAGUAGCUCAGUUGUGAUGUUCUAUGAAAUAAUUGCCCAUCUCUGACAGAGGGCAUGAGAAAGUGCUCUUUUAAAAGUUUAUUUUUAACAACAAAUGACACAAACAUUAGUGUUUUCUUAAAACUAGGGGUUUGUACAAAUUGUAUAGGAAAUGUUACAGCUAAACAGAGCUCUCAUACUGUUAAACAACCCUAUUACUAAAGCUUGAAAAACACCAUUUUCUUAUUUUAUGUAAAUAGUAUCACACAGUGAAUACAGUGUAACUAUUUGUUGCUGUCAAUAAAAUACAACUGUAUAGAA